CGGAAACCGGAAGCGCCUGACGGCAGCCUUCCGGUGGUGGGAAAGUGAACCAAGCCAGAAUCAAAGCGGCGCAUCCUGAGGCAGGUGGGGGUACCUGUGGAAGAGGGAAGGCAGGCGACUGGCUAGGGCUUGGCUGGGAGGCCGGCGGAGCAGCAACUGCAGAAACAGGCAGCGGCAGAGAGGGAAUGGUGCCUGGAGGCGCCGAGGAGCCGGCGCAGUCCGUCCCUCUUAGGGUUAGUGAAUGAGGCUUUCCGCCCGGGCCGGCCCGGGGACUCUGCGCUGCGGGUCCCAAGCAUGAGUGCGGGCCCCGGCUGUGAGCCCUGCACCAAGCGACCCCGCUGGGGCGCCGCUGCAACUUCUCCGCCGGCCGCCUCGGACGCCCGGAGCUUCCCCGGCAGGCAGAGGCGCGUUCUCGAGUCCAAGGACGCUCCCGUGCAGUUCAGGGUCCCACCGUCCUCGUCAGGCUGCGUCUCGGGGCGGGCGGGACCGCGCAGAGGCAGCUCCACCUCGCUUGUUUUCAAACAAAAGACUAUUACCAGUUGGAUGGACACUAAAGGAAUCAAGACAACUGAAUCAGAAAGUUUGCAUAGUAAAGAAAACAACAAUACAACAGUAGAAUCCAUGAUGAGUUCUGUACAAAAAGAUAACUUUUAUCAACAUAAUAUGGAAAAAUUAGAAAAUGUUUCUCAGCUAAGUCUUGAUAAAUCAUCUGUUGAAAAAAGUACACAGUAUUUGAACCAGCAUCAGACUGCAGCUAUGUGUAAGUGGCAAAAUGAAGGGAAACAUACAGAGCGGCUUUUAGAAAGUGAGCCUCCGACAGUAACUCUGGUGCCAGAGCGGUUCAGUAAUGCUAACGUUGAUCAGUCACCUGGAAAUGAUGAUCACAGUGACACAGAUAGUGAGGGAAGUAGAGACAACCAACAAUUUUUGACAACUGCAAAGUUUACAAAUACAAAGCAGACCACAGAAGAUGAACGGGCCAGAGAAGCCAGAAGCCACCAGAAGUGUAGCAAGUCUUGCCAUCCUGUAGAAGACUGUGCAGGUUGUCAGCAGGAAGAGAUAGAUGUGGUGCCAGAGAGUCCCUUGUCAGACAUCAGCUCUGAGGAUGUUGGUACUGAACUGAAAAAUGCCAACAAAUUGAGUAGACAAGAGAGUAGUUUAGGAAAUUCUCCUCCUUUUGAAAAAGAAAGUGAACCUGAGUCACCAAUGGAUGUAGAUAAUUCCAAAAAUAGUUGUCAGGACUCAGAAGCAGAUGAGGAGACAAGUCCAGGUUUUGAUGAGCAAGAAGAUAGCAAUUCCUCCCAAACAGCAAGUAAACCUUCAAGGUUCCAAGCAAGAGAAGCUGACACUGAAUUGAGGAAGCGGUCCUCUUCUAAAGGAGGUGAAAUUCGUUUACAUUUUCAAUUUGAAGGAGGAGAGACUCGGAGUGGAAUGAAUGAUUUAAGUCCCAGACCACCUGGAAGUACUUCUAGCCUGAAUGUAGAAUGUAGGAAUUCCAAGCAGCAUGGGAAAAAGGAUUCUAAAAUCACAGAUCAUUUCAUGAGAAUGCCCAAAGCAGAGGACAAAAGAAAAGAACAAUGUGAAAUCAAGCAUCAAAGAACAGAAAGGAAGAUACCUAAAUACAUUCCACCUCACCUUUCUCCAGAUAAGAAAUGGCUUGGAACUCCUAUUGAGGAGAUGAGAAGAAUGCCUAGGUGUGGCAUCCGGCUGCCUCUCUUGAGGCCAUCUGCCAAUCACACAGUAACUGUUCGGGUAGACCUUUUGCGAGCCGGAGAAGUUCCUAAACCCUUUCCAACACAUUUCAAAGAUUUGUGGGACAACAAGCAUGUUAAGAUGCCUUGUUCAGAACAAAACUUGUACCCUGUGGAAGAUGAAAAUGGUGAGCGAACUGCAGGGAGCCGGUGGGAGCUCAUUCAAACUGCACUUCUCAACAAAUUCACACGACCCCAAAACCUGAAGGAUGCUAUCCUGAAAUACAAUGUGGCAUAUUCUAAGAAAUGGGACUUUACAGCUUUGGUUGAUUUCUGGGAUAAGGUACUUGAAGAAGCAGAAGCUCAACAUUUAUAUCAGUCCAUUUUACCUGAUAUGGUGAAAAUUGCACUCUGUCUGCCAAAUAUUUGCACCCAGCCAAUACCACUCCUGAAACAGAAGAUGAAUCAUUCCAUCACAAUGUCACAGGAACAGAUUGCCAGUCUUUUAGCUAAUGCUUUCUUCUGCACAUUUCCACGGCGAAAUGCUAAGAUGAAAUCCGAGUAUUCUAGCUACCCAGACAUUAACUUCAAUCGGUUGUUUGAAGGACGUUCAUCAAGGAAACCAGAGAAGCUUAAAACACUCUUCUGCUACUUUAGAAGAGUCACAGAGAAAAAACCUACUGGCUUGGUGACAUUUACAAGACAGAGUCUUGAAGAUUUUCCAGAGUGGGAAAGAUGUGAAAAACCCCUGACUCGAUUGCAUGUCACUUAUGAAGGUACCAUAGAAGGAAAUGGUCAAGGCAUGCUACAGGUGGAUUUUGCAAACCGUUUUGUUGGAGGUGGUGUAACCGGUGCAGGACUUGUGCAAGAAGAAAUCCGCUUUUUAAUCAACCCCGAGUUAAUUGUUUCACGGCUCUUCACUGAGGUGCUGGAUCACAAUGAAUGUCUUAUCAUUACAGGUACGGAACAGUACAGUGAAUACACAGGCUAUGCUGAAACGUAUCGUUGGGCCCGAAGCCAUGAAGAUGGAAGUGAAAGGGAUGCCUGGCAGCGGCGCGGCACUGAGAUCGUCGCCAUCGAUGCCCUUCACUUCAGACGCUACCUCGACCAGUUUGUGCCCGAGAAAAUCAGACGAGAGCUUAACAAGGCUUACUGUGGAUUUCUCCGUCCUGGAGUUUCUUCAGAGAAUCUUUCUGCAGUGGCCACAGGAAACUGGGGCUGUGGUGCCUUUGGUGGUGAUGCUAGAUUAAAAGCCUUAAUACAGAUAUUGGCAGCUGCUGUAGCUGAGCGUGAUGUAGUUUAUUUCACCUUUGGGGACUCAGAAUUGAUGAGAGACAUUUACAGCAUACACACUUUCCUUACUGAAAGGAAACUAACUGUUGGAGAAGUAUAUAAGCUGUUGCUCCGGUAUUACAAUGAAGAAUGCAAAAACUGUUCCACCCCUGGACCAGACAUCAAGCUUUAUCCAUUCAUAUACCAUGCUGUUGAGUUCUGUGCAGAGACCACCAACCAGCCAGGACAAAGGACUGGGGCCUGAGGAGCUGAGUAAAUAGAGAACCUCCUUCCACCUCUCACUAGAAACAUCCUGUUUGACUUGUCAGGUGUAAUAUACGAACUGACUUAACUUAAUAUGAAUGUGUAUAUAAUCCAGUUUGUGGGCAAGGAUGCAAUCCCUUCCACACACAUGCAGUUGUCAUGUAAGCCCCCUCCAUCCUAACUUACACAGGCUUAAAUAUAUUUUGUUUGCAUUUUUUCUAUUUCAGUCUUCAUCCUUCGGUUUUUCUUUCUUUUGCCCUUCAGAUUUCCUGUGAAAUCCCAUGAAAGGUUGUGCUCAGCCUGUCAGAUCUCUUUUUUGAUGCCUAUAUAUUAUGCACAUUGCCUCUGCAGCUAGCAGAUGCCAGGGAUGCCAGGGAAGAAGUUGAAAACAAAGAACUUUUUAACUGGGUUUGCUAAAGAUUUCCCUGUAAGCCUUUCACCCCCAACUCUUGUUAUGAUUGUGUUGUUUGAGUUUUGAAUUUUGAAAAUAAAGAGUUGAGGAUUUUUUUCAGACGUUACAUAAUGCACAUCUCCUAGGUUAAAACGAUUUUGUAUUUCAGACAGAAUAAUUUCCAGAUACAGUUCUUUUAAGACAGCACCUUGAUCUAUAAUGGUUUCUCAGUCCCUUCUUCCCUGAUCAAUUUUUAUUAAUACUGUUUUUGGAAACUGACCAAAAUGGAAGGAAAUGUAUAAUAAAAGAGUUUCCCCAAAUGGUGUUUUUUUAAAAAAAAGAAAAGAUGCAAGAGAGUUGCAGGAUCUCUCGUUUCUUGGGAUUUUUUUUGUUUGUUUUCAAAUUAGAAUUAUUGUUUGUUUUAUGGUGCUUGAGGCAUAUUCAUAUAACCAAAGUUUAGGAACUGGGAACUCAUGCUGAUUUGUACAUAUUGAAGUUUCUCUGGUAUUCAAAGGUUAUAUAGUCAAUAAAUUUUAAUUAACAAAUCAUUUGUCAGAAACUCCCACAUCAUCUAUAUUUUAUCUAUAAAUAUAAAUAUAUGUUCUUUAAGUGUGUCUGUGUGCAAGCACAUAAAAUCCAAAAAAAACUGGAGUUAUGGAAAAUGAUUAGAUUUAGGUUUAA